CUGAUCGACUCGAUACGCCAGAAGAUAUCAUCAAUUUUGCGCUUGCAUGCCCUGGGUACUUGAAUUAUUGGAUUCAUUUGACCGAAAUUAUGCAACAAAGACGUCCACACCUCCAAGAUCCAGAGUCAAAUCCUCCAUUUCAGCUACCCACUGUGCAAGACGGACUGAUCAUGUAUCAUCCGAGGAGAGUUGAGCUAUUUCAGGAGUACUCCGAAGCCACAAUGCAGCGGCUAUUCUCACCAGAGAUUCAGAGACUUCUUCUACACAUCUUAUUCAUGCCAAGUCCUCCCGAAAAAAUAUACGUCAUCGAUUUCCAUCGCCAAUACCCUCAGGUAGGUCAACAAGAUCCUUUCCCCCUUCUAUUCCAGCGCAGAACGGAGAGGUUUAACAGGUACUACAGAGACGCCGCAUACGGCGGACUACUUUUUAGAUUCAAAAACCUGAACAGGAUUAGUCCUUAUUCCAAGGCUAUUAACGAUUUCGCCUUCCAGUGCUAACCCAACUCU